AUGGUCUGGCGUGGUCUCUGUGAUGUGACCCGUUGGGGACUCCUUGGCAUUUGCAACCAGCUUCAAGUGGACAAACCAGCUUCAAGUGGACAAACCAGCUUCAAGUGGACACUCAAGGAACUGCAGUUUUUUUUCAUCUCUACAUUGGACUUCAUUCAACUGGAGGUUGUACCACAGCAGACCAAGGAGGAACAGCAGCAUCUCUCUGCACAGCUCCACAGACCCUGUACAGGAGGAAAGAUGAAGCUGUUGAUCUGGAUUAGUGUUCUCCUAUGCCUUUUCGCCGGACAUCUCAGUGAGGCCAGAGUCAUCCCAGAGGGAGUACCAUAUGACGAACCACCAGCUGUCCCCUACUGGCCUUACUCCACCUCUGACUUCUGGAACUACAUCGAAUACUUCAGAUCCAUCGGUGCCUACAACCACAUCAACGAGAUGGCCCGGGCCUUCUUCGCCCACCAGCACCUCGGGGACACCCUGGGAUAUGAGAGCAACGCUGGGCAUGAGCACUGAGACAGGAGCUGGAUGGAGCUAGAAGGGAGAGGAAGAGGCUAUUCGGACCAUUUUCUUGCAUUGAGGAAAAUAAAAGUUUUGGAGGAAAGGAGGGAAUUGUUACAAAAAUUAACUGAUUGCAGGAGAAGAAUAGGAAGUGUAACUGUUUGUAGCUUAGUCAGAAACGAAGAAAACUAAUGUAGAGUGUGUAGACCCUCUGAAGAGCUGUAUAAUAUAAUCAUGUCAUAUUCUAAAAAUAAAUAAAAAGUUUGCCAAAAUAAA